GCUUCACAAAAACACUUUGAGAUAUCCCUAGAGAAACAGAGGAGAGAGACAGAGAAAGAUGGCUAGGUGGUGUCUUAGUGUUAUGGUUGUGCUUGCUUUAGUAGCUGUGCAAACUAGUGCUAGAAACGUUCCUAAAGUUGAAAAUAUGGCUACUACCAAAACUAAUGUGCCUAGUAAUAAUGCUGGUCUAAAUGACCAAAAGAACUUCCUCACCUACGGUGGUGUUGGUGGCUACAGUGGUCUUGGUGGUAAUGGUCUUCCAUUCGGCGGGGUUGGAGGACUUGGUGGAGUCACUGGCCUAGGUGGCACUGCCGGCAUUGGUGGGUUUGGUGGAGUUGGUGGUGGAAGUGGUCUUGGUGGCCUUGGUGGCUUGGGUGGUGGUGUUGGUGGUUUGGGUGGCGUUGGCGGUGGCGGUGGCGUUGGCGGCGGUGUUGGCGGUGGCGUUGGCGGAGGCGUUGGCAGUGGAACUGGCGUUCUUCCUUAUCCAUGAAAAUAUUGAUCUCAUUUCUGGUUUAUAGCCAGGGUUUAUGAAGAACUCUAUUUUUAUGCAUGGUUAUUAAGUUGGUUGUGUUUGAGGGUUUAUGUAAUGGUUUAAUUUUAAUUACUUUAUGUUUUGCUUGUUUAUUAGGGUUAGUUGGGUGUGUCUCUUUACUUUGAGUUCGAGAUUUUCAUUGUCAUGUUUAUGUUUGAGUGGAUCAUAGUUACAGAAACUUGAGUUUAAUUAAUGAGUUCAUGUUUAUUA